AUGGCUCUAUCAUACGUAUAUACUAAAAAACGAAGUGAAUUCGGGCGUCAGCUGCAGUUCACCAUAGGGAAGACAGACAUGUGUGACAGUAUCGGCGUCAACAAAAUCGAGCACAAGCUGUACAUCCUGCGCAACCCCGUGCACGAGCUCACGCAGCACACGCCGCGCUUCUCGCAGUGCGAGAUCAACACCAUCCGCGCUGAGUACACCACCAGUGGCGCCAACCAUGCCGAAGGUGGGUGGCCCAAAGAUGUUAACGUACACGAUCCUGAAGCCACGCAGAGGUACCGCCGUAAGAUUGAGAAGGACGAUAGUUAUAUUCACUGCAUCAUGGCACUUUCACCGGGAUUAGAGAAACUAGUUUUACAGAACAAUGCAAUUGAAAUGUACCAAACGUAUUACGCAGAGCUAGCGAACAUGCCGGCAAUAGAGCAAAGCGGUUGCCGCACGGUGAACGUGUACCGCGACAGCGCAGGCGCCGCCAAGGUCGGACGGUCGGGCUCUAAACCCUCUAGUCCUUGCCGGCCAAUCAGUUCUAUUUGCUGGCUGCCAGACGGCGGAUCGCGCUUCGCCGCUACGUACGUGGACGUCGACUUCAAUCGUCAAACACACGCUCCCCUUGAAGCAUACAUUUGGGACGUGGACAACUCAAACAGUCCCGAAACGAUAAUAACUCCACCGUGUCCAAUGUUGGACUUGCAGUACAAUCCGAAGGAUGCGCACGUGCUAGCGGGUGGCCUGAUGAACGGCGGAGUGGCUGCGUGGGACUCGCGGGUCAAGGGAGACAAGCCGACAGCAGCGAGUCCGCCGCACGUGGCGCACCGCGACUUCGUCAGAAAUGUCUUGUUCAUCAACUCUAAGAGUGGCUUAGAGUUCUUUUCAGGCGGGCCAGACGGUGCCGUCAAGUGGUGGGAUAUUCGCAAAAUUGACGAACCUACCGAUGAAAUGAUCAUCGACUUAGUCAAAACUCAAAACGACGUUCAAACCAUGGCCAAGUCCAACGGCGUGAGUGUGCUCGAGUACGAAUCUACACUACCGACGCGCUUCAUGGUCGGCACUGAGAAUGGACUUGUCAUAAAUGGCAACCGCAAGGGAAAGUCUGCAAUGGACAAGUUGCCAGCAAAGGUAUGUCCACUAAAACAUAUUCAUGAUUAA